AUGACUGUACCUCUACCUACUCCGUCGAACCCCAAGGCCGACGCCGCCGCGGUUCGGAAAAGAAGAAGACGUGCUCCUGCUGGCGGAGCCGCUGAUGACUGCUUCACCUGUACCAAGAGGAGCGUGAAGUGUGAUCGAAGGAGACCAUACUGCUCGCAGUGCUUAGAAGUGGGCAAUGAGUGCUCCGGAUACAAGACCCAGUUGACUUGGGGAGUCGGUGUGGCGAGCCGGGGAAAGCUUCGCGGACUCUCGCUACCAGUAGCGAAGUCGCCUCCUGUCAAUUCAGUCAAGAAAGUGUCCCCGGCGAGGGCUCGGGCGAAUUCGACCCUGAUGAACGGGCAAGAACACGGGCUUGCGGCAAAUGCUGGCCACUGGAAUGAGCCAGAGCAGCUCUCACCACGAAGCACUCGAAGCGACGUUGUCGAUGGCCCGGUAGACCCACGAUAUCCUUCUUCUAUGCCUGCAACGCCAUUUCACAGUUACGACUUUUCCAAAAUCUGUCACGCCGAGCCAACACCGCCUUUACCGGCAGGGCCUGCUCAUUGGCAUAAUAUGCCCUUUUCGGCCGGUCUGCCUCGAGAGGGACCACGGUUUCCCAAGUUGGGUCCCAUUCUGGCACAUGGUCCCCCCGAGCCACUCUCCGCCUCUAUCGAUUCCCUGAGCGAGGCCGACUACUUGUCGCCCCUCAGCCAUACUUUCUCCAGGGACGACCUGCCCUUCGUCACCAGCCCGCCUCACAUGUACGCCGAGAGCUACAACAGCGCCAACUCGCCUAUUCCCCAAAGCCCAAUUUCGUCUGUGAUGAUGGAUCAUCAACAUCAACGGGCACCUACAUCAUGUCCUAGCCUUGUGUACGCUCCAUCCGAGCCAAGUUCAAGCCUCCACUCACAUCUGGAUGGUUUUGAGGCUCACAUAAGCAAUCGUCUGAUGGAGUACGAACCACUUGCGACCCCUGGGUUGGACGCGUACAGCACCAGCGCCCAAUCUGAAAGGCACUUUUGGGGGAAGUCAGCGGAGGAGGAUGGCGCGUCCUCUCACCUUGUUCAGGAUCAGUCACUCCCUUGGCCGUCAGUACUCGAUCAGCCUGUGCUUCCAGUAAGCCCUGAUCUUAUCGCCAAAAUGCCAUUCUUCAUGGACUAUUACGAGAAUACCAUGUGCCCGGGCAUGGUCUUCAUAGAUGGGCCUUCGAAUCCCUUCCGGGAACACAUACUUUCGCUCGCCACCGCCAGCCGAAGCCUGCAGCAUGCCAUUUGCGCUCUCGCGGCUUGCAAUCUACGGAUGAAGAGAAAAUUGAGCCUUGCUCAUGGUCAGGAUGGGAAGCGUCAAAGCUUACCCGGUCCUGUCCCGGACCUUCGAACUGAUGAACGGACGUUGUCAGAGGAAUACCAGCACCGAAAUCUAGCGGUGCAUUUGCUCAACGAGCAGCUUAACGAUGCAAACAAAGCAAGAGGCGACGCUGUCCUGGCCACAAUUUUAAUGCUAUGUCACUACCGUAUGGCGGAAUCCGGAAUUGCGAAAUUCCAUACCCAGUUUGCUGGAGUUAAGAAAAUACUGGGCAUGAGACGAUCUUGCCCAUUCCCUCCAUCAAGGGAUUCGGCAUGGAUGGAGGCACUUUUCACCUACUUUGACGCCAUCUCAGCCAGCAUCAAUGACCGAGAAGCCCAGCUGAAUACCUCAUUCUAUGGCGUUAUGCCAGACGCGCAACUACUUCCACCUGGUGCAGAGAAUUUUGUGGGCUGCGACCGAGAGCUCUUCAAAACAAUCAUCAAGCUUGGGAGACUGAACCUUCUCUCCCAGCAUCGCGAGGUCCAGAGUCUCUUUGGCACUACGACCUCACGCGGCCUACCAUCUCGUCCCGACUCGCCUCUCGAAUCGCCCAUUGGUCAUAUAUAUAAGCCGCAGCACCAGUUUGGUUCGGACAUGCUUGGAAAGACCCACCCUCGAUUCGAUGGCAACGGCUUCAGCACCACCCUGGACGAAGACCAAAUUUUGGUAUCUAGCUUGUCCUCUUCGGCCGCCUACGAUGACCACCGGUCAACGUUCUGGCGCGAAUGGAAGGACGCGAGAAUCGCCCUGCAAUCCUGGGAAUUCGAUGCACAAGGCGUUAUUGCUUCACAGCCCGCUGGCCUCACAGCAACACAUGCGCAGGUCCGUGACUUAGGUUCCCUGUCCGAGGCAUUCCGCUACGCGGCGCUUCUCUACACGGAGCGCCUGGCGAGCCCGAGUGUGCCAAGUGCGCACAACAACUUCCGCAACUUGGUUAGCCAAGUGGUUUACUACGCCACAUCACUUGAGGCCGGGUCGUCUGCCGAGAAAUUCCUCCUGUGGCCACUGUUCGUCGCCGGAUCCGAGUGUGUAAACGAGAUGCAGCAGGGCAUUGUGCGCUCCAAGUGCCGCGAGAUUAUGUCCCGGUCCGGCUACAUGAACAACCUCGCAGCGCUAGACGUGCUGGAGAGGAUCUGGGCGGGCGAGGGUAGGGAGCAGCAGCAGGAGGGCAAACUCAUGACAAGGAGGGGCCCGUUCAGCUGGACGCGAUGUAUUGGUGGCCCAGGGGUGGAGGUUGAGUGGAUCAUGUUCUAA